GAAGUACCUGCGAGGAGCCGUGCGCCGGCCGGCCCCGCUCCCCGCAGCCGCGAUCGCAACGAGCCGCGACCCCCCGCCGGCAAGGAGCCGCUCCGAAGGCGAGUCCCCCCUGGGGCAGCCCGGCAGUAUAUUUCGUCAGCUCACGAAUGGAAGUGUAAGAGGCUUUAUACAAAAUAUAUGUGAAAAUGGAAACUUCAUCUUUGCUGUCAUCUCUACAUGAUGAAUGCAGAUCAGACAACUACAUCGAACCUCAUUACAAGGAAUGGUACCGAGUAGCAAUUGAUGCUCUAAUUGAAGGAGGUUUAGAAGCCUACAAAGAAUUUCUUUCCAAAGAGAGAUGUUCAGAGUUCCUUGCAGAUGAGGAGAUUGAAUAUAUUUUGAACAAUGUUCAUAAACUUCCCCAAAACACAGUUUAUUCGUCUAACCAUGCCAUUGAUGACACCUCUUCCUCGGGAACAUACUGGCCUAUUGAAUCAGAUGUGGAAGCUCCAAAUCUUGAUUUAGGUUGGCCCUACCUGAUGCCUGGAAUUUCUGGUGGCACAAACAUUGAUCUGCUUUUUCACCCUCCACGAGCACAGCCUUACACCAUAAAGGAAACUAUUCGCAAGAUGAUACGAGAUGCGAGAAAGGUCAUUGCCAUAGUUAUGGAUAUGUUUACAGAUGUGGAUAUUUUUAGAGAAAUUGUAGAAGCAUCUACAAGAGGGAUUGCAGUGUAUCUCCUGCUUGAUGAGUCAAACUUCAGUCACUUUCUGAAAAUGACGGAGAAACAAGGCUGUCAGGUUCAGAGGCUCAGGAACAUGAGGGUGCGGACAGUAAAAGGACAAGAUUACUAUUCUAAAACAGGAGCAAAAUUCCAUGGAAAAAUGGAACAAAAAUUUCUUCUGGUUGACUGUAAGAAAGUCAUAUAUGGUUCUUACAGCUUUAUGUGGUCUUUUGAAAAAACCAACCUCAGUAUGGUUCAAGUUAUCACAGGACAGCUGGUCGAAUCCUUUGAUGAAGAAUUCAGGACACUAUAUGCUCGUUCUUCUGUUCCUAGUUCAUUUGCCCCAGAAUUAGUGCGGGUUAACAGUCGCAGGACACUCUGGGAUAACGACACAUACCAACACUCGGUGUCUUCCCUAGCUUCAGUUUCUAGCCAAAGAAACCUUUUUGGUAGGCAAGACAAGAUUCACAAUUUAGAUCCUGUUUAUCUGAAAACUCGAGGAAGAUAUGCAGUAAAUGAAAUAGAUAAAUUUGGAUUGAGAAAUCAAGCCUAUAAUAAACAACCUUUUCAUCCAGGUUUUAAUAUGCAAAAUCCAAUCCAGCAGUAUCAACCUAGUGAAAAAAAUGAGCACUGGAAGAGGCAUAGUUAUGCUGGGGAGAAGCCAGAAAGGACACCUUACCUAUUGCUUAACAGAGCUAUUAAUAGAGCCAAUAAUCCAUUGAAUACUUGGAAAAUGCCAUCUGAUAGCCUUAGUAUUGUGUCUUCAUUACGAGGAGGAUAUGCAAAUAACUGCAAUCCACCCCAACAAAGUUUCGCUGAUCAGUUUUCACGACCAAAGGUAAAUCUUGCAGAAAGAAAUUCAAUUGUGAGGAGGUCUUUUAAUGGGACAGAUCAUCAAAUCCGCCAUCUGCAGCAAAGGAUGCCGACCCUUGAACACACAACAAAAUCAUUCCUACGUAACUGGCGAAUUAAGUCAUACUUAAAUGACCAAUCCGACUAUCCAGUGGAGUCUAAUGGGUCAGCCUUGGGUGACAGAUAUGAUAGCUAUGACACAGCUGAAAAUAUUAAAGCUCAUGCCCUGUACUCUCAUUCUCGCUUACGAUCGUCGUUGGUGUUUCAGCCAACUUUACCCGAACAGCAGGAAGUAAGCAGCUGUGCAAGUUCUUCAAAUUCAACUAUAAUUGGGUCAGAGGGAAGUGCAACACCUAAAGGGACAUCAAAUCAUGCACCAAGUGUGGAAAAUGGAACAGAUAAUACUUUAGAAGAGCUUAGCACAAAUGUCCAACUUAAGUCAGAGGCACCAAAAAACAACAGAAUUCAUACUGCAGACAACAGAAAACCUAUGGUAAAUUCACAUGCAGCAGGGGACCCAUCUAUCUACUUAUACACAACCCUCUGUGCCGACAAACAUGCAGAAAAUCUGAAAAACGUUCAAAAUGAAAAUAUACUUAAAAGGAGAAGCUUUCCCAUGUUUAAUUCAAAGUCCAUAUUAGACCCUGGUGCCGACAAGCAUGCAUCCAGUUACGUUUACAGCACAUUGACCAGGCAUAGGCUUAAGCAGCCAGUUAGUCCAAAACUUCCAGAAGACACUCUGAAGAGCUCUAAAAGUUUGCAUAGUGUGACCAACCAUUUGCCACAGGAGGAAAAGAACCUCAAAGGAGAGCUAAAGAUUCCAACUGCUACCAAGGCAAUCUCUAUGGCUGUUCUUGCUGAAGCGAGCAAAGAGGAGUCUAGUAAGGAUUGCACAUCAAAGAAAGAAAGUAAGAACUCCCCAAGUUUUCUAAAGAAAGGAUCCCAGAAACUGCGGUCACUUCUUAAUCUCACACCAGACAAGAAGGAAAUCUUGUCAAAAAACAAAGGUCCUGCCUUUUACAGAAUGUGUAGUAGUUCUGACACUUUGGUUUCUGAAGAAGAGAAUCAAAAACCAAAGAUCUCUGAAAAUAAGACAGAUUCUUCCCCAAGAAGAAAGAGAAACACAUCAAGUUCCCAAGGUAGCUUGAACAGAAGUAAAGAAGAUGUCACUGCAAGCCCAUCAAAGUCUCCAAAGUCUCCUAAAUCACCAAAGCCUCAAAAACCUCCAUCUGAUGAAAGCAAUAAAAAGUGUCCUGUCUUGUGCCCCCUUGAAAGUAAGUUCAUAGAAACUGCAGGAGAUGCAUCUACCCCAAGAUUUAAUACAGAACAGAUUCAAUAUCAAGACGUAAAGGAAAUUACCACAAAUACUACCCCUGAAAGUCCUGCUGUUUGUGCUCUACAAAGAGCAAGUUCAAUGACACCACAACUGGCAAGCUCAAAACAUCAAGAGGAGCUAAGAUCUCGUUUGAGUGAAAGGCGUGUUUAUAGUCGCUUUGAGCCAUUCUGUAAGAUGGAAAAUCCUAGUCAACUUGUAGGAAAUUUACCAAAUAGUUCACAUCUUCCAGAUAUCAAAAGCAAGACCUUAGGAAAUAACUAUGGCAGGAGUAAUCACCUGGUCAGCUACAACUCAACUGCUUAUCAUCCACUGCAGCCUAAUGAAAAUAAACUGAGGGGAUUUAUGCAAAAGUUUGGGAACUUCCUACACAAAAACAAGUAA